UUCAAAACAAUAUAAUUUUUUGUAUGCUGUAAUGGAGUGCUCUGGGGUUAUUGUGGAGAAAUUCAUGAAAUUUCUUACUGCUGAUGACACUAAGAAGGAUGAGAUGAAAGUUUCUACUGAGAUUCUGAGGAAAUAUGGCUCAAGGAUUCAACCAUCUUUCUUUUUAAAAUUUCGUAAUGGAUAUGAAAAAACCGUUGUCUUUAACGAAGAGACGGGAACUUUUUAUGGGCUUUUUUCAAUAUUCUACGAUUUCAAUUUGGAAGGGGGUGAGAUGCUGCUUUUUGAGUUCAAUGGGUCUCGUGAUUUCAAUGUUUUUGUAAUAGGGAAAGACCUAAGAGAAAUUGAAUAUCCUAAUAUAGUUCACUACAUGCAGAAGAAGCGACCACGAGUGGUCUCUGUGCGCAAUGGCGGUCUGAAAUUUGUUCACAUUGUGAGGGAUGAGGAUCCCUUGUUUGAUGAGUGUGAGCCUCCUUAUUCUUUUAAGAAAGCACUCCCCAUGCUCCCUGGAUAUCAAAGUUUCAUCUUCAGUAAUGGGAAGAAGAUAGUUGGUGGAUAUAAUCAUGGAAGAGAAAAAUUUCACAGCCUAAGGAAGUUUUGCGCCAUUGUAGGCCUUGAGAAUUUCAGGGAAUUUAACGUGGUUUUGUUCAGUUAUGAGGAGAAUGGUGUGAGCACUGUAUCUGUCUUUGAUGACCUCUUUGUGGAGUUUAUUUUUCCUGGAACACCAGUGUCAAUGGGGCUGAACUCAGAGAAUAUUAAUGUACAUCAUCGUAUUGAGAUCAAUGUGCAAGCUUGUCACAUGUACAAAUACAGUUACGGAGAUGUAUCGACUCAAUAUGCUGCUGUUACAAAUGUUUGGAGCAAGAAAGAUUACAUAAGUGUUUAUUCAGGGGAUAGGGCGUGGAAGCUGCAGGUUAGGACACGGCCUGGCAACUUAAAGCGUACGACGAUUAUGGAUGGGUGGAUCCAGUUUAGAGAUGACAUGGGUUUGCAAGCCGGUGAUGUUAUUGUCCUAGAGUGUACUCUAGCUUCUUUCCAUCAUUUCUCUGUUGGUGUGUUGAAGAAUGAGGUUGCCUAG